UCGCAGCAGUUCGUGUCGUGAUGGUUAGCACGUUUCUUGUCGUGCAACAUUUAUUUCAUCGUACGUACGGACGCUUGUAAGUAGCAGUAGCUUGUACAACGUGCAAAUCAAGUAGUGCUCAGUUCCCUUGGUGUAUGUGGUAUUUAUCGGGCUGAAGCGGAAAGGUGUACACGUUUUUCACUGUUACGACUGCUCCACUUGAAUGGUAUACGUCCUCGUCAAGAACAGAACCAGAUCUGACAAAGGUGGUUGUCGUUGUUCGUACACCACUCAGGUCAAGCGUAUAGUCACGCACCACAAGAACUAAUCGUGUCAAUCUAAAGCUACAAACAAAAUUGGAAAUAACAAUAACGCCAACGCAGUUCCCAGGAUUUUAGUUGUGGUUCACAACGACAACGUGCUCACAGCAUCUUUUUUUCCUAAGCUGCUACAUAGCAAAGCGCACACUUCUGCUCGUGCUCUAGUCCGUCAUAAUCUUUACGACACAAGAGAAAAUGUCCGCACCAGGAGAAGGCACUAUCAGCAUGGGCAAGACAAGCAAAGCGACGCGGCAGGGAGCAGCCGCGACGGGCGCCCCGCUCGUGACCGGCGCACCGCCCCCCCCCCCCCCCGUCCGCUCGACAGCACGUUUUGCUCCCACCGGGAAAGGCGUGUCGCCGGUGUCGCGCGAGGUGGACGACUACUGUGCGGGGGAAGUCGCCGCCGACUGUCCGCCUGUGGUCGGUCCGCAAGGGGAUGUCGAAAGCGGAUUUUUGGACAACAGCGACAAGAACCACGACGACGAAGACGAUGUUCUUUCUGCCGCCACCGGCAAGGAUGAUGCUGCAAAGCUACCGGGGGCGGACGCCGCGCGCUCUUCCUUCGUGUCCUACGACACCUUCCCGGCGAAACAGAAGCCGCACAGCAAAAGACUCUCAAAGCCGGCUUUGGCGAAGGUUUCGGCCAUUACGGCGGAGCGUGCUUUCUUCGCUGGUGGCUUGGGCUCUCGUGCGUUUCUGUGGACGUCCUGCGCCUUAAUGGGUUUGGUCUUGAUUCUGAUGACCUUCGGCUGGGACACUGCAGGAGCAGGUAAGUAUACUUUGCUGCAUGAGAUUUGUGCCUCAAGCUGAUGAACAGCGACUGAGAGUUGUGUCUAUACAGGAUGCGAAAUCGUAGUAGGAGUAGUUCUUCAAAGUCUUUUUAUUCCACCUCCCUCGGGAGCGAAAGCGAAUGCACGGCCAAAAUUCAGCGUAUUUAUGCAAGGGUGAAGAAGAGCCUGGGCUGCAUCAGGAGCUCGCGCAUGAUCAUGCGAACUUGAACUUCAAGGAAAUCCUCGCGAAAAAAAAAAGCAUGGAAUCAAUCGGAGAUCUUCUUUUUCUUCUUUGUGAGCAGUCGGAGUGUAGAACAUCUGGACGAGGAUGUCAGCGUAUUUUUUGAAAGUGAGGAAGUGUUGAAGUUAAAAACUAACCCCAACAGUUGACGCAUGCUUCGGCUUCCUGCUGCCGUCUACGGUCUGGUCCGAGACGCUCUGGACGCGGGGCCGAUGGCGUCGCGGACGCAUCCCUCCGCUAUCCAAUGCAAACUUGUCUUGAUAUGGAAGAUGAAAACAAACUGUUGCAGACCCACACACUUGCCAUGUAGUUUUUGCACCUGCGAAGACGUCUGGAGUGCACGCGGAGCGAGCAUGACAAAUUCCGCGCAGGCUUCUCCAUGCCUACACCGCAUGAGGAGUCGGCCUCUCUCGCUGGGAAACAAAUUUUUCUGGGGUCCAUAUCUUCGAGGCAGCUCAGUAGAUUGCUCUUCCUGCUGGUGCUGCCUGAGGUUCUGCCAGAAUCAGGCUCAUAACAGAUUUGCGUCCUCUUUUUCCGGAAACAGACAUAUUUGCAACUCAUGACCGUGAAAGCGAAACAAUGGGCAACUGUGGCAGAGAGAACUGCAUUCUCGCAAGCGGGAGCAGCAAACGCCACCGAAGCCGCGUCGCCGUCGUCCUUCAUUUUUACCGGAAAACAGCAGGUGCGAGAUCCAUUCCACUCAUACGGGUGGGAGAAAGAGGAGCUGCUCUGCAAAAACGUAAAGCGGCAAGCGGAAAGAGAAGAGUGCGAAAAGCCCCUUAUGUCAAUUUAUAACGACCACGACCAGAUUGGACGCACGAUCCCGAUUGGGGCCUGCUGGUGGAACGACUCCAAAUUGGGUCCCUUUCAAAUGGGAACCCCAGGGUGUCUGUUGGAUGCAGACCAUCUGCAAGAAGGUGACCAAACCGGCUGGGAGAGCCAGUGUUUGCGUCACAGCUUUUACAACCCGGGCGCAAACGACAUCUGCCAAAAGGGAGAGCUGAAGUGGUGCGAGUGGCAGGGAGCGGAGAUUAAGUUGCCCCACGACGAUCAUCAGUCCGAACAACGAUCGUGCAUCGGCUACGACCGCGGCUGCUGCGUUCCGCGAGGCAGCAAGGCCGCGGGAAUCGGGUGGAAGUUCAGCCCCUUCAAAACCACCAGUCGCGAGAUCGUGGCAACGAUCUUCUACUGA